GCCCGUGCAUAAAAUAUGGAGCGUUAUUUGGUGAUCACCGCACAGGUACGAUUGACUGCUCCCGUGUGUUUGUACAAUUCGGAGAGAACAGCACGCGUCUAUCGACAAGUUCGCAUUCGGGACGCACAUGCUAGGGCGCGUAUCUACGGUGAACACAUUCACUCGCGUUCAAUAACGGUGCAGCGGAACGCUAAGUACGGUAAACCUUAACCCGAUUUGCCUUCACUCUUCACAAGACUCAUCCCUGUCGUCGUGGCGAACAAGGUGAUAAUGAUGAAACUGGUGUGCAUACUCGCUGGUCUCACAGCGGUGUAUGCCAGUUCCGAUUACGGCCAGCAGGGGGCAUGGCAGGCGCAUCCACGCGGACGAGCUUUUGGUGACCAAUAUCCAUCAAGAAAGCCAGCCUACUAUGAUCCAUACGCCACAGAGUCUCCCAGCGCACCCUACUCUCAGCAAUCACAUGACGCGUACAGGAAGCCGUAUCAGCCAUCGGGGGCACGUGCUAAUUACGACUCGCCUUCCCAGUACAGCUACCGUGCUGAACCAGGCAGCGUUGAUCAGCAAACGUACGGCGAGAACGGGUACAACGUGGAUCCGUACGCGUACGAACCUAAACAGAAGAGUCGCAGUUACGUGCCGCAGGGAGAGUUGUACAAUCCGUACCGGAAACCUUCCGGCGGAUACGAAACGCAGCAACAGGCGGGUUACGGAUCACAACAGUCUCAACAAUACGAGCAACAGCCUCAGCAACCGCCUAGCUACGACGAACUGCCCCGAGAGGAUACUGAAUACGGUUACCAGACACAACCGCAACAACAUGGCGGGUAUCGGUCCGGCGCCAACCCGUUUCCGAGAUUCGAAAACGAUAAAUACGGAAACAAAAUCGAAAACCAGGUUAAUGAUAUUCAGGUUCAAUGCGACACUAAUAACAGGUACAUGCAGGUGACGCUCAAGUUUAACAAGUACUUCAACGGCAGGGUCUACACAAGGGGAUUCUUUGAAGCUGAGAAGUGCCAAGUUUAUGGAUCUGGUCAUGAUGUAGUGGAAUUUCAUUUUCCAAUUGAUGGAUGCGGCACGGAAGAAAUACAAGAGGAUGGUUAUGGAGUGAAAGGAUCUACCCGCUUUCAAAAUGUCAUUGUGGUAAUGAUGACAAAAGACCUAGCGAUUCUGGAAGCUUGGGACCGCGCUUAUAAAGUCUCCUGCUUGUUCGAGGCUCCCGAACCGAAGCAGAUGAGUGCGGGGAUUAAUUUACCAACUCUAUCUGCUACUCCGGUACCAGAACAGCAGAUACGAGUACCCGAUGUUAGGAUUAAAGUUGUGGAAGGAAAGGAUAUUAUGGCACCUAGUUCCAACGGCCUUGUUGUGGGAGAUUACGGAACUCUAGUGGUACUACUCGAUGACAACAGCAACUACGACAUCUUUGUCAGUAGCUGUGUCGCUCACGAUGGCUACGGUAAGUACGAGGUGUUGUUGAUUGACGAUAGCGGCUGCGCGAUCGUACCGAAGAUCAUCGAACAACUCCAGAAGGUGAGGAUCGGCCACAGUCAGGAACAGACCGUCAUGUUCGCCCACUUCCACGCCUUCAAGUUUCCGGACAAACAGAACGUCUACUUCACCUGCAACGUGCAGCUGUGCCAGACGGAGUGCUACAUGCCGCAGUGUGGCGCCGGCGAUCAGUACUCAGAGGAAGCCGCGGGUCACAGGCGCUUGAAGAGAGGAACACCUGCUUCUACGGACAACGUAACGAUAGCAGACAGCAAACAACUCUACCGCAACAUUGCAGUCUUCAUUCCCGGAGACAACAAUGCCGAUUCCCUACCUUGGCAGUCAUACAUCCGCCAACGACAGAACGGCAGCGAGCUCGGCUUCUGUCUCUCGCGCGGAAGCUUCACCGCGGGCAUUGUCAUCAUGGCCGCCAUCUUUCUGUUCACUGUUGUGGUUACGUCAGUCAUGAUUGCGCGCGCCCGCAGACGAAAGGAAACGACGCCGCAGUGAUGACGCACCGAAUGGUCACCUGCUGCGACCAUGGAUAUCCCACGAUGCAUGUGUAUAUAUAGAGGAUGUCUAUGGCUGCAACCCGCAGCAGCUGCAUUUAUUGGUCAACCUUCCAGCAGGGCUUGUUGCUAAGGAGUUCGCAUUGCACAUAUAGUAGUUGUUUAAUGUUUAUAAACCUUUAUUACGUUUCAAAAAAAGAUAAUACACGUUCGUACAUCUAUGCUACUCAUAUCUAUAUUAUAUCUACGAUGCUACUGCACAACGUAAAAUAUCAUCUGUAUACAGAGACUGACACUACAUACUGCGCCUCAUUGUCGUGUAGAACGUGAAUUUUCGAAUGAAUUAUAUUUAUCGAUAUGAAUUAUAUUUAUAUUUCAUCCACGCGAUAGUGUAGACACCGACGCAUAUAUCUCAUAGCUCCAUUAUUUCGGUUCAGGAUAUCUAUCAACGCUGUAUCGGGAAACGCGCUGAAACAUUGUGUGCGUGCGUGCGUGCGUGCAGCACGUUUUAUCUACACGUACCGUCACUGAAUAUAUAAAUACUUCUUUUUCUGAAUAAAAUAAUUUCAACAUUG